AUCCUGUUGGACCCAACGGAAAUCCGUGCUUUCCUCUGCCGGAUACACACCAUUUGCAGCAGCAGAAAACAGAGAGAGAGAGAGAGAGAGGGAAAAGCCCACCCUCUUUUCCUUUCUCUUUUCCUUGCUGCUGCUGCUGCUGGGAAAAGGAAGAGGAGGAAGAAGAAGAGGAAGAGAGCUGGGAUGGUGGCAUCCCUGGCAGAAAGAAGGCUGAGCAAGAGCCUCGUCCCCCGACAAAGCCCAUCAUCCUGAGCUUUCUCAGCCCAGCAGCCUUUCUGGACUGCGGAAGGCAAGAGACGGAGGGAAAAUGCUCGCUUGGCAAAGGAGAGGGAUGGCUACGAGAUCCAGAACUGGCCUCAGCAGGAACCUUUCUUCCUAAGGAAAACCUUGGGAUCUGGCCCAUUCAUCCAGCCUUUAAAGACACACAACCACACACAGACACAGACACGGAAACCUCUGCUGCCAAAUCCGACUCAUUUCCCAUCCGUUACUCGAGAAUGCUUUAGUCCCCUGCCAUCCCAAGGCAUCUCUUUGCAACGUACCGGAGUCCGCCUGCCCCUCCACCGCCGCCAUGCCGCCGCGACCCUCGUCCGGGGAGCUGUGGGGGCUCCACCUGAUGCCCCCACGAAUCAUGGUGGACUGCUGCCUCCCCAACGGCAUGAUCGUCACCCUCGAAUGCUUGCGGGAAGCCACCCUGCUGAGCAUCAAACACGACCUUUUCAAGGAGGCCAGGAAAUAUCCCCUGUUCCACCUGCUGCAGGAGGAAUCUUCCUACAUCUUCGUUGGAGUGACGCAAGAAGCUGAGCGGGAAGAAUUUUUUGACGAAUCGCGGCGCCUUUGCGACCUGCGCCUCUUCCAGCCCAUCCUGAAGGUCAUUGAGCCGGUGGGAAACCGGGAGGAGAAGAUACUCAACCGUGAGAUCGGGUUUGCCAUUGGGAUGCCCAUCUGCGAAUUCGAACUAGUCAAGGACCCUGAGGUGCAGGAAUUUCGGCGGAACAUCCUCUCAGUUUGCCGCGAAGCCGUGGAGACGCGGGGGUCCGCCGGGCCCCAGAGCCAGGCUUUGUAUGUGUAUCCCCCCAAUGUGGAGUCUAGCCCCGAAUUGCCCAAACACGUGUACAGCAAGCUAGACAAAGGUCGGAUCAUAGUUACCAUUUGGGUUAUUGUGUCUCCAAACAACGACAAACAGAAAUACACCCUCAAGACCCCGCACGACGCACUGCCGGAGCAGGUGAUAGCCGAGGCCAUCCGGAAGAAGACCCGGAGCAUGCACCUGUCGCCAGAGCAGCUGCGCCUGUGCGUCCAGGAGUACCAGGGGAAGUACCUCCUCAAGGUCUGUGGCUGCGACGAGUAUUUGCUUGAGAAAUACCCUCUCAGCCAGUACAAGUACAUGAGGAACUGCAUCACCAUCGGCCGCCUGCCGCACUUGAUGCUCAUGAGCAAGGAGAGCCUCUACAGCCAGCUGCCCGCCAACGUCUUCGUGCUGCCCUCCUAUGCCCGGCGCUCAGCCACCUCCACGCAUGUCAACGGCGACGUCCCCAGCAAGUCGCUUUGGUCCAUCAACAGCCUCCUGCGGAUCAAGAUCCUGUGCGCCACCUACGUCAACGUCAACAUCCGGGACAUAGAUAAGAUCUACGUCCGGACAGGAAUCUUCCAUGGUGGUGAACCCCUUUGUGAUAACGUCAAUACCCAGCGUGUCCCGUGCUCCAACCCUCGGUGGAACGAAUGGCUGUCGUACGACAUUUACCUGCCUGACCUGCCCCGAGCGGCCCGCCUCUGUGUCUCCAUAUGUUCUGUGAAGGGCCGAAAGGGAGCAAAGGAGGAGCACUGCCCCUUGGCUUGGGGCAACGUCAACCUCUUUGACUACAAAGACACUCUUGUGGCUGGGAAGAUGGCACUGAACCUUUGGUCUGUCCCUCACGGACUGGAGGACUUGCUGAACCCCAUUGGCGUGGGGGGAUCCAACCCCAACAAGGAGACCCCCUGCCUUGAGCUGGAGUUCACCUGGUUCAGCCACACGGUGAAAUUUGCCGACCCUGCGGAAAUCGAGGAGCACGCCAACCGGGCCAUGUCUCGGGAACUGGGACUCAACUAUUGCAUGGUGGGACUGAGCAACCGUUUGGCCAGAGACAGCUCUCUCGAUGAAAGCGAACUGGAACAGCUGCGGAAUAUCUGCAACCGGGACCCUCUUUCAGAGAUCACUGAGCAAGAAAAGGACUUCCUCUGGAGACACCGGCACUACUGUGUCAACAUACCAGAGACCCUCCCCAAAUUAUUACUGUCCGUCAAGUGGAAUUCACGAGACGAAGUGGCGCAGAUGUACUGCCUUUUACGGGAAUGGCCACUCAUCAAGCCGGAGCUCUCCAUGGAACUGCUGGACUGCAACUUCCCGGAUCCAGUGGUGCGGGAGUUUGCCCUCAAGUGCCUGGUGAAGGGGCUCACGGACGACAAGCUCUCCCAGUACCUCAUCCAACUGGUUCAGGUUCUUAAAUAUGAACAGUACCUGGACAACCCUCUGGCUCGCUUCCUCACCAUGAAGGCGCUGACGAACCAGCGGAUCGGGCACUUCUACUUCUGGCAUCUCAAGUCCGAGAUGCAUAGCAAACCGGUCUCUCAGCGCUUUGGGCUCAUGCUGGAAGCCUUCUGCCGUGGCUGUGGAAUGUACCUGAAGCACCUGAACCGGCAGGUGGAGGCCAUGGAGAAACUUAUCAACCUCACUGAUAUCCUGAAGCAGGAGAAGAAGGAUGAGACACAGAAGAUGCAGAUGAAGUUCCUGGUCGAACAGAUGCGGAGGCCGGAUUACAUGGAGGCGCUCCAGGGCUUCAUCUGCCCUCUCAACCCCGUGCACCAGCUGGGCAACCUCCGGUUGGACGAGUGCCGGAUCAUGUCCUCCGCCAAGCGCCCGCUGUGGCUCAACUGGGAGAAUCCCGACAUCAUGUCCGAACUGCUCUUCACGAACCACGAGAUCAUAUUUAAAAACGGAGACGACCUUCGGCAAGACAUGUUAACGCUGCAAAUCAUUCGGAUCAUGGAGAGCAUGUGGCAGAACCAAGGACUGGACUUACGGAUGCUUCCGUACGGCUGCCUGUCCAUCGGGGAUUGCGUGGGCCUCAUUGAGGUGGUCAAGAGCUCCCACACCAUCAUGCAGAUCCAGUGCAAAGGAGGCUUGAAGGGAGCACUGCAGUUCAACAGCAACGCCUUGCAUCACUGGCUGAAGGACAAGAACAAGGGAGAGGGUUACGACGCGGCCAUUGACCUCUUCACCCGCUCCUGCGCCGGUUACUGCGUGGCCACCUUUAUCCUGGGCAUUGGCGACCGCCAUAACAGCAACAUCAUGGUCAAGGAUGAUGGGCAGCUCUUUCAUAUUGACUUUGGGCAUUUCCUGGACCACAAGAAGAAGAAGUUUGGCUACAAGCGGGAACGCGUUCCCUUCGUCCUGACCCAGGACUUCCUCAUCGUCAUCAGCAAAGGAGUCCAGGAGUGCACCAAGACCAAAGAGUUUGAGAGGUUCCAGGAGAUGUGCUACAAGGCCUACCUGACCAUCCGCCAACACGCCAACCUGCUGAUCAACCUCUUCUCCAUGAUGCUGGGGUCCGGGAUGCCCGAGCUCCAGUCGUUCGACGACGUGGCCUACCUGCGCAAGACGCUGGCCCUGGACAAGUCGGAGCAGGAGGCCCUGGAGUACUUCACCAAGCAGAUGAACGAGGCCCACCACGGUGGGUGGACCACCAAGAUGGACUGGAUCUUCCACACCAUCCGCCACAUGCCCUUGAGCGAGGCCAACCACGACUGAAGCGGCCGCGGGAGGGACCUCCUCCAGCAUCAGGGGAAGAGGACGCAAUGCAGGAGCCUUCGCAGAAACCGGCAGCAACGGGCUGCACUCGGCCGGGAUGUCGGUUCCUUGCCAGCUCCACGGGGAGAGGGGGGACACUUGUGGCGUGGGUACCGGAGGCAACUGGGUCCCUGGUUUUCUCUCAGGAGCACUGGUGUGCCUGGAGAAAAGGCAAGGAGAGGAAAGGGAGGAUAGGUGGGCCCCAUUGGGGGCGCGUGAAGGGGAUUGGGGGCUCAGAUGUUGAGGGGCAGGGAAUGGGGCACAGGGCACCUUGGCUCCCCCAUUGCCUGCCGGAAACCAGAGAGAAGGAAGUCUGCUAGCACCUUGGUUUGGGUUUGGCUCUGUUUCCCAGCCCCAUUCGUGACAUUGGGGUUCUCUUCCCCACCUUCAUUCCUGAAGCAAAGAGGAAGCAAGGACCCCCUCUGCCACCCCCAGCUUGGCAUCAUUAUACUUGAAUGUCUCCCCAUCUCUCCCCACUUUUUGGGGCCCUCUGGGAGGAGAGUGGGGAGAGGUAGGACGCAAAGCCGGGUCCGGGUCCAAGGAGGGAAGACUGAGGACCUUUUAGCGUUGAGGAACGGGCAGGAGAAGGAAGCGACAAUACUUGAAAAUGUCCAUAAUUCAAAAAGAAGAAAAAAAUAUGAUUAUUUUCUCUC